CCUGGGUCCUUACCCCGCAGUUUGAGCUGCUGAGCACAAUGCCAUUUAUGCCACGGGGCGAAAACAGGCGCGCUGCCUGCUCCGUUAACCCAACAAUGUGGAGUACGUGCGGUAUAUUUUGCGCAUGGAGUCUACUAUUCUUGACAGAUGUAUGUGCGCAGUCUCAGCAGAGACCAACCUUCACAUGCGGUGGGAACAUCACAGGAGAGUCUGGAGUAAUCGGGAGCCAGGGGUACCCAGGAGUUUAUCCUCCAAAUACCAAAUGUGUGUGGAGAAUCACAGUGCCAGAGGGAAAGGUGGUGGUCCUGUCAUUCCACUUUAUUGAUUUGGAGAGUGACAACCUGUGCCGCUAUGACUAUGUGGAUGUUUACAGCGGCCAUGUCAAUGGGCAAAGACUUGGACGUUUCUGUGGGACGUUCAAGCCAGGAGCCCUGGUUUCUACAGGCAACAAGAUGCUCCUGCAGAUGCUGUCUGAUGCCAACACAGCUGGGAGUGGCUUCCUGGCUGCGUUCUCUGCUGCUCACCCACAUGAGAGAGGGGACCAGUACUGCGGAGGCAGAUUGGAGAAGCCCUCUGGGACUUUUAAAACACCUAACUGGCCUGAGAAGGACUACCCAGCUGGUGUCACCUGCUCCUGGCAUAUAGUGGCACCAAAGAACCAGAUUAUUGAAGUAAUGUUCGAGAAGUUUGAUGUGGAACGUGAUAACUACUGCCGCUAUGACCAUGUCUCCAUUUUCAACGGGGCAGAAAUAAAUGAUGCCAAGAGGAUCGGCAAAUACUGUGGAGACAGCCCCCCAGCGCCUGUGUUCUCUGACAGGAACCAGCUCCUAAUCCAAUUCCUGUCAGAUCUCAGUUUAACCGCAGAUGGCUUCAUUGGCCAUUACAAGUUCAGACCAAAGAAAUUCUCCACCACCACAGUACCACCCACCACUACCACAGAGCCAGUCACCACCAGGCCCAUACCUCUGAAAUACUCCGUCGCCUUGUGCAAGCAGAAAUGUAAAAGAGGAAGAACACUCGAGAGCAAUUACUGCUCCAGCAAUUUUGUGAUCACCGGAACUGUCGUUACAGCUGUGAUAAGAGGAGGAAGUAUGCAUGCCACUGUCUCUAUCAUUAGCGUGUAUAAAGAAGGCAAUCUGGCCAUCCAGCAGGCAGGAAAGACCAUGAGUACCAAGAUCAUUAUCUUGUGCAAGAAGUGCCCAUUUAUCAAAAGAGGCCUGAACUACAUCUUCAUGGGCCAGGUGGACGACGAGGGCAGGGGGAAAAUUGCUCCCCACCACUUUGUAAUGGCGUUUAAGACCAAGAACCAGAAAGGACUCAACGUUCUGAAAAACAAGCAGUGCUGAGCUCCGGUAGCUCUGAGGAUAUCCACCGAACUGGUGCACAAAAACAGCACAAACACGGGGCACAAAACCAAAACAGAAUCCGGAACAAGGUCUGCCAGAACAGAAAAAAAGACUUUAUGAUUCAUUCAAGAACAACUCAGAUUUUUGCAUUUAUUAAUUUGUAUGUGUUUAGAAUAAACAAGAAGAUUUGACAUGUUUCUAUCUGUUUUGAAACCUUAGGUUAAUCAGCAACAUCGGUUAAAAUUUCCACACCUGGUCUCAGGCCAUUUGUACGCUGCCUGGCCACAUUCCUGUCACGCUCCUAGCAGAUAAUUAAAACCAGUAACAGGAGCCCAGAACAGGGAACACAGCACAGAGACAUUUUUCAUAAGUGAAACAAUCAGUGUUAAAAAAUGUCAGUGUGCACAUCUGUUCUCACAUCCUAAUGGCACCAUUCAUUUAAAAACUUUCCAUAUUUUGCAUUUCAAUUUCGCUUUGAGGCUAUGGAGCACAAUACGAAUUAAGGUUCGAAAUUAACAUUAUAUAAUCUUUGUUAAACUAUUAUAUGUCUGGCAGAAUAAUCUUAAAUUUCUUUAAGCAUCUUUUGUACACAAACCAAUUUGUUACUUCAGAUUAUAGGAUUAGUGACAGUGCUCAACCUUAUUUUACUGGGUGUGGUUUGGAAGUUUUAAAUGUGGUGAUUAAAGUGCAAUAUUUAAUAGAUACAUUAUUAUUUCAAAGUAUUUUAUACUGGAUUUAUUAAACAAACCUUCCUAACCAAAAGCUCUUUAGUUUGUUUACAGAUGCACCACCAUCAGCAUGUAUCACUUUCUACCUGCCAUCGUUUUUAAAGGCAGAGAGAUAUGAAAUACAAAUGCUUUCAUAUGGAAAAGUCUGUGAAUAUUAUUUAUAUUAUAUUAUUGUUUUCAUCUGCCCCAAAUAAAAGCCCUUUAACAGUUUCCUCUUGUCUGUCUUUGUGUACAAGCUUUCAGCUGGAAACCAAAUAAUACCAAACAAUAUUCGACUCUCUUCUGCUGACAUCAGUCAAGGCCGCUUACGCUCUGCUGAGCAUGAGAAUGGAUUAGGUGUAUGUAAUGUGACUCACAAGGUCUGGACUGCUGGGCAGCUGGCUUUCAGACCCAAGUCACCAAAGAUCUAUUUUCAAGGAA